AUGACGACCUUGCUCAACCACAAUCUUCAACCCUACUCCGGCACCACUAUCGACAAGGAGGAAGACCCAGAGACCCAGCUCUCCCGUUUCGAGCACAACGCCCCAUCUUUCCCACCCAACUACUCUCUCAAGAACCUAGCUUCAAUCACCGCACCCGUCUUCGCUCUCAAACGCAGCCCGCACCAAGAGGUCGCGGACAAGGCCGCUCGAGAGUGGUUCAAGAGCAUCGGAGUCUACGACGAGAAGAAACUCGACAAGUAUCUGAGCGUCGGUCGAUUCGACCUCUUCGCUGCUCUUUCGUUCCCGAACGCCGAUGCGCGCCACCUCAAGACGUGCCUCAUGUUCUUUCUAUGGGCGUUCUCGACCGACGAUCUCUCGGACGAAGGGGACUUCCAAGACUCGCCGAGCGAUGUGCGAGCUGGGCAUGAUAUCAGUAUGCGUCUCCUUCGCGAUGAAGACGUUCCGAGGCCGUCGUAUCCGUAUGCGGCGAUGCUGUAUGACAUACUCCACGACAUCCGCGAGACGUCAAGUCGCGGUGUAUACGACCGGUUCUGCGCCGCAUUCAUAGCGUGGAGCACAUCGCAGGUCCAACAAAGCACCAAUCGCAAAGACCGUCUCUUCCCUCCCAUGGACGAGUUCAUUUUGAUGCGCCGUGCGACGAUCGGAGGUGCAUUAGUCGAGGCCAUGGUCGAGUACUCUCUUGAUCUCGACAUACCUGAGUAUGUCUUCGAGAACGAGAUUAUGAUGGCGAUGUCCGAUGCUGCGAUUGAUAUUAUGACUUGGCCGAACGAUCUGUGCUCUUUCAACAAGGAACAAGCAGACGGCGACUACCAGAACCUAGUCUGCAUCAUCAUGGCCGAGCGCAACGUCGGCCUCCAGUCGGCGAUCGACAUCCUCACAGACAUGCUCUCAGCGCGUGUUAGCGAGUACGCCGAUCUCAAGCGCCAGCUGCCAUCCUUCGGCAAAUACGUAGACAAGCAGCUUGCGGUAUAUCACGAGAACCUCGAGCACUUCGUGCAGGGUACUGUCGUUUGGUACUAUAAUAGCCCGAGGUACUUUCCGCCUGAUGGUACUGCGGUGCCGAGGGACAUGGUGAUAGCAGUCAAUCAUCUAUGCGAUUUGGCGAGGUCGACGUGA